AUGCUGAUCGUGGACUGGUACCCUCGAGGCCCUAUUAGACCGCUUGGUCACCCACUACGUUGGGAGAGAGAAGGUCCGUCGUUGCGUCCUGUUUGCGCACGCUGUCGUCUGCUGCUGUCGCUUCGCCCGUACGGCUGUUCUCUCGUCCAGCGAAGCGGAACACGCAACCCAACCGCCCAGCUGACACCCAUCUUUCAGUGGCCACUGAGACUCGUUGAGGAUUACGUACCGAUGUCUUGCUGUCACGUCAUUCAUCGAUCCUCAAUGAAGAUCAAUCACCAGGGGACCCUCUUCCUCAUGAUGGUGGUCAUCGUAUGUGCUCUCUGUGGCUGCUGCAAUGCCUUCAACGUCGACCUCAAGAGUCGUCUGGUGCACCGCGGCGAGGGUCGUUCGAUGUUCGGCUACGACGUGGACAUGUACCAGGGAAGAAGCGGAGUUAUGUCGUAAGC